AUGAAAAUAUUAAUAGCCUUAGUUUUAAUUUUUUAUAUGUCAGUUAAUGUAAGGUCACAGUUUACUCCAACAGGAUUCCCAAAUAAUGUUUUAUCAUCUUCGUCACCAUGGAAUACACCAAUAGGCUCUACCCCAACAGUUGAACCAUUGUCAAGCCAAAUGAUGCUCAAGGUUAAGAAUGCAAUGAUUUCUGAGUCAUAUAAUCCAAAUCUAUAUUUACAUUACUUUCAAUGGACUGCUCCAUUGCAUAAUAUCAACACUGCUAACCCAGUAAACCGUAUUACUGUUAUUCAGUCACAGGGUGAGGGUUUCCACGAAACAGUCGACCCAUUAAAUACAAAGAAAAUCACCAAUUUACCUGUAGAUUUCUCAUUUAAACCAGACCCAAUGAAUGAUGGCCAUAUGAUUGUAUUUGAUACCAAUUUAAAAGUAUUCCACGAGUUUUCCAGAUUUAAGUGGAUAAACUCAACUCAUGCUAAUGCUACUAGAUAUGAUACAUUUGCUUACAAUGUUGACGGUACCUAUCCAGCAUUUGUUUCUGGUACAAGAUGGUGGAUGAAAGGUGUAAGAGGCAGUGGCGCACCAUUUAUUGCUGGUUUAAUUAGAUGGGAUGAAAUCCAAAGAGGCGAGUUGAAUCAUGCUCUAGCUGUUGGUAGUUUAGUAAACAGAAUGAAAUCAUCAACUUCAUCAUCAUGGUCAUACGAAUUAUGCUCACCUGUUUCAAGUAGAACUGAUGGAUGGGUUGUUGGUGCCGAUACUAUAAUGGAAGGUCAACGUAUUCAAUUAGAUCCAAAUUAUGAUAUUUCAGCAUUCCCACCAAAAUCUAAAUUAGUAUUACAAGCUCUUAAAACCUAUGGUGGCUAUGUCGUCGAUAAUUCUGGUACAUUUGGUAUUUAUUUCCAAAAUAUGAAUACCGAUGGAGUUGCCACAAACUCACCAUGGUACACACAAUUGGGAGCUGAUUUAACAUCAUUAUACGAUGUUCCAAUCGAUGCUUUUAGAGUUCUUAGUUGUUCAAAUGUUUCAACAAAAUAA